AUGCUUGGUAGAGCGGCGCGCACCGCAUUUUCAACUUUGGCGUCGUCCACAGGCGUCGAAUGGAAGGGGGAGUUGAAAAUCGAGGUGAUCGUGGACAUUUCAGUAACGGAAGAUGGGCUUGGCUUUGAUGCGGAGGUGAUAUGGGUUGCUCUCGACAAGGAAAAGAACGCCUGGGAAGAGCUCUCAAAGAUCUGGGAUGCCGCGCCGCAGUUUAGGGAAUCCAAGCUGCGGCGGCUGGGUCUGCCGAAAGAGGUCACCGUCGGCCGCAUUGCCUAGUGUUGGGGGGUGCCUCGGCUGGUCCGGUGGUUGCAUGUAGUUGAUUGAGUCGACCUACAUGACGGCCGCCUUCUGAAUUGUGGUGGUGGUAUUCCUUCUCGGACUACGUACGUUUUGAGUUUCUCGACAAUUGCCUAUUCGACGAUUCUGCGGAUCGAGGCAACAUGUAAGUUUCCUUAGAUAUUUUAACUCCACCCCGGAACUGCCUUCUAACCGCUUUCAGCGUUGCUUCGUGGUUUGUUGUUUCUCUCAUCGUUUUCCCCGCUUGUAGCAAACAUGCCCAUUUCAAGUUGUUUGUAACAUACCGGUUGUCCAGCUACUCGGUAUGUUUUUUUCUUGUACGAGCGUGCGGUCUGAGCCAAACUGGUUUCAUGGUCAUUUGCGUGUUGUAGUCAUUUGUAGCGUCGCGUGCCUUUCACUAUUGUAUGCGGGCAUUCGACGCUAUGUAUGGGAGGUCAAUCCGUGCGCUGACUCGUGGCAUCGAUCCGGCAUGGUAUCGCCGUGUAUGGGUGUUUAUCAUUCACAAACACCGCUGUCGUUUUUGUUGAGCAUGGCCAGGUACCCUACUAUCUGGUAUUAAGCUAAUUCUUGUCUACUCCGGUAGUCGUAAGCUUUGGGAGUAUUGGGGACGCAGCGGACUUGGGUAGCAGUAGUUCACGGUGGGAAACCACCAAUCGAAUAUCUGCAUGUCUAAAAUAUGAUAGGGUUUCUUUCUGUCUGCCAUGGCUGUCUGGUGUCUGUCUGCGCGCCCUAAAUACCCAGCAGACUCGAGCCCAUUUCACCAUCUCGGCACCAAAUUGCAAACUAAAACUUGCGCACAACAUGUAAUAUUUUGCCCGAGCUGUCCCAACCGCUACCUUUGCAAUCCGUGGUCGGUGUCUCGAGAUAGCACACCGUUUGUGCAAACAUAUAUGUCACAUGGACGCAUCCCCGGGAGGCGUCGUCAUUUUUGUUUUUCUCUGGGCAACAAACUACACGCACGCAAGAAACCACGACGCACUGCCGUGCUGCGCACAUUGCUGCUGCAACUGACAAGACACGCACUACACAGAGACAGGGAACAUGAACAAGGGGGGCGGGACACACACACAUACUGCUGUUGGCGACGGCGGAGGAAGCGGGGAACGUUUGGUUGGUCUGGGGUUCAUUCAUCGCUGAUGAUCUUGUUGCUGUUGUCUCCGUUGUUUAUUGUUGUUGUUCAACGCUGCCGGCCUUUUUGUCGCCUUUUUUUCUCUGGAGAGAGAGGGAGUCCCACCAACCAGCGUGUGUUGCACACACCACACAGCGAGAGCGGGACGGGAGCAGGGUGUGCCCUAUACUACUGCUGCUGCUAGCUUUCGGCGGAGGAAGCGAGAGGAGAGAUAUUGAUUGGGUCUCUGUGGGUCCAUCGGUUGGUUGUUUUUGUGUUGCGACGCGGCGGGAGGGAGCGGCCUCUGACUCUGCUCUGGAGAGAGGCACACAUACAUCACAGCACGGGACCAGUAAAACAUCACGCUCGUUCCUAGACGAU